AUGGAUGCUAGCUUCAUCGUUGAACUCUCCAUCAUGUACUAUGGGAAUGAUGAGUUACUCAAGAAUGGUAAAUUGUCACAGCCAUGGUUACAGGACUCUAUACGUUUUGAUUUACUCUUACUUGAGAAUCAACUUCCAUUCUUUGUUAUUGAAGAGCUGUUCAAUAAAGCUUUUCCUCAUGACCGUUGUGGUAUCCCCCCUUCAAUUCUUAGGCUCACAUAUGACUAUUUUUGGUGUUUUAACUUGAAACAAUUAGAGCCUAAUUCUGAUGUCAAGAUAAAGCACUUUACAGAUCUUAUUAGAUUGUUUCGCAUGCAAGGACAAAUGUCUCAAGGUCAACAUCCAUUCUCUGAGGUUGCAAGCCAUAUUCUUUUAUACAAUGCGAAUAAAUUGCAAGAAGCUGGCAUCAAGUUGAAGGCUAGUGAUAGCAAAGGCCUAUUGGACUUGAGAUUUUCAGGGCAUGCUCCUGAAAUUCCAAAAAUUCGGGUGGAUGUUUACACUGAGCUUUUUUGGGGUAAUAUUAUAGCAUUAGAACAAUGCCAUUAUUCUGAUAAUGCUUACAUUGCUGACUAUGCCCUUCUUUUUAAGUGGCUAAUAGACACAGACAAAGAUGUGGAUCUCCUCGUUCACAGCGUCGAAAACCAUUUAGGUGAUACCAAUAAUGUUGCUUUAUUAUUUAAUGGUCUUUCGGAACAUGCCGUUCACUCGACUUUCAGUUCUGAAUACCUUGAUAUCUGCCAAAGGUUGAAUGGCUAUUGUCAAAAUCCUUUCCACAAAAUGAAGGCAACUCUAAGACGUGAUUAUUGUGGUACACCUUGGCAAACUGUUGCUUCUAUUGCUGCAGUUGUACUCCUCUUUCUCACAAUUGUUCAAACCAUAUUUUCUAUCCUCCAGGAGUGA